ACUGGGUUGCGCAGAGCGAGCGAGCGGUCAGUGUGAAGCCGGAGCUGCGCGCGUCCAGACCCGAGGCCGACGCCAGCACGCCGGCAUGGCCCCUGCAGCGGCGUCGGGUGGCAGUACCCUGCCCAGCGGCUUCGCGGUCUUCACCACCUUCCCGGACCUGCUCUUCAUCUUCGAGUUUGUCUUCGGGGGCCUUGUGUGGAUCCUCAUUGCCUCGUCCCUGGUGCCCAUCCCCCUGGUCCAGGGCUGGGUGAUGUUCGUGUCUGUGUUCUGCUUCGUGGCCACCACAGCUCUGCUUGUCCUGUACAUAAUUGGUGCCCAUGGCGGGGAGACUUCCUGGGUCACCCUGGACGCAGCCUACCACUGUACUGCUGCCCUGUUUUACCUCAGCGCCUCUGUUCUGGAAGCUUUGGCCACCAUCGGGAUGCAGGAAGGCUACACAUACAAACAGUACCAUGAAAACAUCUCUGCUGUGGUGUUUUCCUACGUGGUCACUCUGCUGUACGUGGUCCAUGCGGUGUUUUCUUUAAUCAGAUGGAAGUCUUCGUAAAGCGGCAGGACUUUUGCUGAAAACCCCAGAUGGUGUUAACUGAUCAGCCCACCUUCCAGCAUAGCAUUUUAGAUGCAGAAAUACUCUGGAUGCUGGAAAAAAGAAAACAAACGAACAAGCAAAAGCAACGCUCUGUUUCUUGUGGGUGUUAUGUUUACUCUCCUACAUGCCUUCAUGUCAGGGUUGGGGGCCUGCUACGUUUAACCUCCAACUACCGAGCUGUCUUUCUUGAGUCGAUUUCCUAUUUGGGAAAGGGUGGGAAAUGGGGACUGUGACCAUGAAACAAAGACCCCGUGCUGACUCCCUGACUGGAUCUUUUGAACUGUCUUUUGGAAUUUUCCACAAGCUUCUUUGAGCACCCAUCCUGGGGCGUGUUUCCAAAUCUACCUGUUAUGGGGAGUAAAACUCACCCAACAAAUAUGUGCAGAUGUCCACGGUGAAAGAUGAUAAAUCUUUGAAAUGCGCUAUAAA